AUGAAGUACGACGAAGAAGAUGGCUGGACAUUCUUCACACUCAAUGGCUGUCCAGCCGAGCUCGUAAUGUUCAUGGCCCGUCUCGCAGUGUUGGCCUCAACGUACGAGAAAGUACGUACUAUGGAGUGGGCCAUGUUCAACACUUUCCCGGUCGAGGAGAUUAUUAGACAGACCCAAAAAUGGGAGAACAACGAAGAUGCAACGGCGGAGAGCAUUUCCUGGACACAGGACGACCCCGAGACUAGACGCAAUAAAUUUCAUUGCGUGGAAGCAUGGAGGAAUGCAAUUCAGCUCUACGCAUACCGGGUCUUCUAUCGACCGCAAACGAGUGAAGGGCUUCGUUCCAUCACCCACCUCGCUCGUGUCGUACUCGAUCAUGUCCGCUGCAUACCGGACACAGCAGUGGCCCAGAAGCAGACACUCCUACCGGUCUUCCUCGCAGCAUCAGAAGUCGGGGACGAGGCAACUCGAGACUUUGUCCGCCAGUUCUGCAUCCACUGGAGUUCGACCGCACGCUACAGCAUGUUCGAGACCGUUGCAACAUUGUUAGAGACUAUUUGGGAUAGCUGGGAUGUUACAACACGAGACGUCUAUUGGUGGGGGUCCAAGGUCGGCAAUAAUAAUUCUGGAUCUGCAGGCGAAGGUGAAGGUCUCAUCUCCGAGUUCCUUUUUGGAUGA